GGUUUUAACCUCCAAAGUAAAAUCACAUGACGCGCAUUUUGUCAUAUGACAGCGAUGAGAGAGCGGAUUCUUGGCUGAAUAAGGCUCUGGUGUUUUCAGAGCCUCUCCGGGAUGAGAUGCUGCAGACAGACCCAGGCUGGAGGUUCGGGCUGACCCGCAAGAGGAUGGACCGUCUGCGGCUCCUCUCUGCCCUCACCGCCGCUUGUUUCAUCGGCUUGGUGCAGAGCCAGACCACGCUCGCCCCUGCUGUGAUGAACACCACGGUGGUGCAGAAUGCCACCGUUGUGACUCCAACACCCGUGAUUUUCAGCAGCACCACCCCAGGCUGCUUCAGUUUCAACGCUUCUACUUGUGAGGCCUGUGCGCCGGGGUCACAGUACGACAACAACACGCUGCUGUGUACGUGCUGCCCUGAUCCUGGGCUCUGUCUAUUUCCUGGAGCCUGUCUUCCAUGCAAGACAGGUUUCCAUCAGCCACUGGCAGGACAGCAGCAGUGUCUGGCUUGCAGUCAGGGCUCCUACACAAAUUUCACCGGGAGCCCGUUGUGCCACCCCUGCCCUGCAGGAUCCUUCAACAACAACACGGCUGCAGAAAGCUGCACAAGCUGCUCCCCAGGUUUGUUUGCAUCAAAGCUCGGCUCCACUUCCUGCACACCAUGUCCCCAGGGAAGCUUCUGCAAUUCGUCUGGUUGCACACAAUGCCCGAUGUGUCCCGGAGGAACAGAAGCUCUCCAGACCGCUGCUAAAGACUGCACCCCCUGCCGACCAGGCAUGCACAAAGCUCCCCAUCAGACGAUGUGUCAAAUCUGCAGCAGUGGCUUCUACCAGAUCCUCUGGGGUCAGGAGAGCUGUGACCUCUGCCCUGAGAACCACUACUGCCCUAGCCCCGACGUGAACCCCAUUCAGUGUCCGAGCGAUGCUUUCUGCCCCAAAGGCAGCACGGCUCCGGGUUACUGCAUGGAGACGUUCUUCAGGAAAGCAGGGGACACCUGUGAACUGGCGCCGGUUACUAUCGCUCUGUUGGUCAUCGGAGGGGGCGUGGCUUUACUCCUGAUCAUUUUGUUGGUUCUUCGUCGACGCCGGGACUCUGAUGGAGAGCUGGCGGUCGCCCGGGCUCCUCUGCUACGCAAAGAGCGACCUCAGGGUCGGUACUACGGCCUGCCCUGUGACACGGAACCAGUCUAUGCCGGCUGGUGAAUCCUUUCCAAACUGAACUGUAACUUCGAAGGGCUGCUGAGACCUCUAUCCCGCUCUGUAGGAACCAGUUCUCCUCAGAUCCGUCAGCUCUCCGGGUUCAACCGGGCUCAGCCUCUCUACAGAACAGUUACAGCCGCUGUCUG